AUGGAAGGCAAGGGCCAGAACAGCCCAGACGCGAAGAAGUUUGCGUCUCAGCCUAUGACGACGGGCGACGCAGCGGUGGGCAAGUUCAAGUUCCCACAGAAGAAUUUGGGUAAACCGCUCCCUGAUGAUCCGACGAGUUCAUCGAAUGAUAAGAGUAGGUACGGCAUGUGGGGAGACAAUCAGCUAGGAAAGCUCGGCCUGUAG